AUGUUGAGAACUAUUGCCAGAAACAAUACCAGUCUUAGAGCCACUACUCAGUUGAGAAGCUUCAGUACUUCUUUUGUUGCUCUUAAGGAUACCAGAGUCGAGACCGAUGCGUUUGGUCCAAUCGAUGUGCCAAACGACAAGUAUUAUGGUGCUCAAACUGCUAGAUCCAAAAUGAACUUUAAGAUUGGUGGUGAAGCUGCAAGAAUGCCAACCCCAAUUGUUAGGGCUUUUGGAAUUUUGAAGAAAUCCACUGCUUUGGUCAAUGAGGAAUUAGGCCAAUUGGACCCUAAAUUGUCCAAGGCUAUUCAACAAGCUGCUACCGAAGUUUCUGAAGGUAAAUUAGAUGACCACUUUCCAUUAGUUGUGUUCCAAACUGGUUCCGGUACUCAAUCCAACAUGAACGCCAAUGAAGUCAUUUCAAACAGAGCCAUUGAAAUCUUGGGUGGAGAAUUGGGUUCAAAGAAACCAGUUCACCCAAAUGACCACUGUAACAUGUCACAAUCAUCAAACGACACUUUCCCAACUGUUAUGCAUAUUGCUGCUGUUACCGAAAUCAACAACUCAUUGAUUCCCCAAUUGACCAAGUUGCGCGACUCGUUGCAAGCAAAGGCUGAAGAAUUCAAGGAUAUCAUCAAAAUUGGUAGAACACAUUUACAAGAUGCUACACCAUUGACCUUGGGUCAAGAGUUUUCCGGUUACGCUCAGCAAUUGACCAAUGGUAUUGAAAGAGUUGAAAAGACCUUGCCAAACUUGUUGUACUUGGCUCAAGGUGGUACCGCUGUUGGAACUGGUCUUAACACCAAGAAAGGUUGGGACGUUAAAGUUGCUGAACAAGUUUCAAAGUUGACCGGUUUCCCAUUCAAGACCGCACCAAACAAAUUUGAGGCUUUGGCUGCUCACGAUGCCAUUGUUGAAGCUUCAGGUGCUCUCAACACUAUUGCCGCUUCAUUGUUCAAGAUUGCCAACGAUAUUAGAUACUUGGGUUCAGGUCCAAGAUGUGGUUACGGAGAAUUGUCAUUACCAGAAAACGAGCCAGGUUCCUCAAUCAUGCCAGGUAAGGUCAACCCAACUCAAAAUGAGGCAUUGACUAUGGUUGCUUGUCAAGUCUUUGGUAACAACGCAGCAAUCACCUUUGCAGGAGCCUCUGGUCAAUUUGAAUUGAAUGUUUUCAAACCAGUCAUGAUUGCCAACUUGUUAUCAUCAAUCAGAUUGAUUGCUGAUGGUGCCGCAUCUUUCAGAGAACACUGUGUCGAUGGUAUCGUUGCCAACAAGGACAAGAUUGAAAAGACUUUGCACGAGUCCUUGAUGUUGGUUACUGCUUUGAACCCAAAGAUUGGUUAUGACGCAGCAUCAAAAACCGCCAAGAAUGCUCACAAAAAGGGAUUGACUUUGAAAGAAUCAGCUUUGGAGUUGGGUGUAUUAAGUGAAGCUGAAUUUGACGAAUGGGUUAGACCAGAAAAGAUGAUUGGUCCAAAAGAUUAA